GAGAUGAACCGGCCGACGCCUGUAACGGCCCCAAGUUCCAAAGUACGAAAGCCAGGAGUUGGCACUCGGCACAGUCGAGUCGAGUGGCGGCCUUCGAGAUCUCAUCGGUGUUCGUCUCAGCCCAGAAGGGGCUACGGCGCGGAGUCGGCGAGUUCCGAGUGGAACCUGGGUUCGAUUCGGUGAUCGGCGGCGGAAUGGGGGUGCCGGAGGCGGUGGCGCUGGAGAUACCUGCGGUGGAGGAGGGGUCGCCGACGCCACUGGCCAGGGUGCCACCAAGGAUCAGGCGGAGGCUCCUCCAGGCGGGCAGCGGAGAAAACGGCGGCAAGGCGCCGACGGCCGAGGAGAUCGAGACCAAGCUACGCCAGGCGCAUCUCCGGAGGCAGUUUAUAGAUAAAACUUGAUUAGGUGGAUUGGUGAACUCUUCAUUAGCUUGGCACUGUACCUGACCACAUUCAGGAGCUGCAUGACAAUUGACUUGAGAAUUGAGAUGUAUCUGGAAGCAAUUCUAUGGACAAAGGAAGCUCAUGUUUGGCUAGUUAGCUUUUGCAGAAUUUAAGUCAUGCUGUUACAGAUGAGUUUUUGCUAUGUCCUCUAUCUUAUACGACUUGCUAUUCUCCAGCAAUUCCAUGAAGCAUUGUCCUCCAAAGCAAGGCGCUCAAUUAAGAGCCCUUCAGGGUCAUUGCAGGAGGAGGAUCGAGGGCAGCUUCUUGAGGCAAAGCUCCUGGCUGCCAGGCAGAAGAGGUUGACCCUCUUGGAAAAGGAACAGAGCCGGUUGGCUAAGCUGGACAAACUGCGACAGGCUGUUAAGAGUGAUGCAGAGAUGAGGUUCGAGAGGGAAAGGGAAGAACUCGGAAUGAAAGUUGAAUCACGGGUUCAAAAGGCUGAGAACAAUCGUAUGCAACUAAUGCAUGAUCGUUUGAAGAGGCAGGCUGCAUUAGAGGAGAGGACAAAAAGGUACUUUAUGCAAAGAUUGACUUGGGAAAACAAGUACAGGGAGCGUGUACAAUCUGCAAUACAGAAGUGUAAUGCUGCUGAGAAGAGACGAUUGGGGCUGCUUGAAUCUGAGAAAAGACGGGCACAGAGUAGGCUCUUGCAGGUUCAACUUGCUGUGAAGACUGCCUCUAACCAGAGAGAAACUGAGAGGAGCAAGUUAAAUGAGCAAUUAGAAGAAAAGCUUCAGAAGGCAGAGCAGCAGAGGGCUGACUAUUUGAAGCAGCGGGGAAAUCCUCACAGUUCUAUGCACAGCAGUUCAGUUAAAAAUGGAGAAUUUCUUUCAAGAAAAUUGGCAAGAUGCUGGAGAAGAUUCAGAACUUCUAGGAAAACAACAGUAGUAUUGGCUAGGGCCUUUGAUGCACUGGGGAUAAAUCAGCGAUCAGUUGUGUCUAUGCCAUUUGAAGAAUUAGCUCUCUGCAUUGAAUCUCCUGCAGUUCUCCAGACCACUAAGGCAUUGCUUGACCGUCUUGAGAGUCGUUUUGUCUUUUCUCAGUCAUCAACUUCAUCAAAACCAGAAAACAUUGACCACCUUCUGAAGCAUCUAGGAUCACCGAAGAGGAAGAUCCCACUGAGCAAUGUGGGGACAAGUGAAGCAACACUGAAAAACGCAGUUGGAAAUUAUGAUUCCAGUACGUUGUCUAGAUAUUCGCAAAGGAUUGCACUUUGUGCUUAUAUGAUUCUAGGUCAUCCAAAAUCUGUUCUUAGUGGACAAGGUGAACAAGAGAAAUUUCUUAUGGAAUCAGCAACAAUCUUUGUAAAGGAAUUUGAACUGCUGGUUAAAACAGUACUUGAUGCCCUAGAUGGUGCAUGCAUAUUGAGCUGGUCAGUUAUAGAUGAUGCCACACCUGUUCGUUCUAGCUACGAGGAAUCUUCAUCCAUUGUUGCUGAUCUGAAGAAAUUCAGAACUCAGCUGCUUGCCUUUGACAAAGCUUGGUGUGCUUAUCUUUACCAUUUUGUGGCAUGGAAAGCAAAAGAUGCUAAAUCAUUAGAGGAUGAACUCAUUAGGGCUGCAUGCAAGCUUGAGCUGUCAAUGAUUCAAACAUGCAAAAUAACUGAAGGUGAAUCUGAUAACCUGGGUGGUGAUUUGAAAGCCAUCCGGAAACAGGUCGCAGAAGACCAGAAACUUUUAAGGGAGAGUAUUCAACACCUGGGCGGUGAAGCUGGUAUCGGAAUGAUGGAAUCUGCUUUAUUUGAAACACGGUCAAAGUUCUUUCAAGCAAAAGAGAAGAGGAGUUCCAUUGCAACUACAGUUGCAAAUGUAGCAUCUCCUUCAGUUACAUGUUCUUCAGGACAGUCUAAUGAUUCUGAAACUGGUAUCGGAAUGAUGGAAUCUGCUUUAUUUGAAACACGGUCAAAAUUCUUUCAAGCAAAAGAGAAGAGGAGUUCCAUUGCAACUACAGUUGCAAAUGUAGCAUCUCCUUCAGUUACAUGUUAUUCAGGACAGUCUAAUGAUUCUGAUACUGGGGAGAAUUGUAACAUGGAUGCUGAAAAGGCAAGUCGAGUUGUCCAAUCUCUUUUUGGAGCAUUGUCUUCACGAUAUGAAAAUAGCAAAGGUGGCAAGCUGAUGAGUAACGCAGCACCAGAAAAAAUGCCUACUGAGAAUGAGCAAAUAGUCAAUGAGAUACUACAUGAUAUACAUGGUUCUUUUGCUGACAUCUCUGAUGGUGCUGGUACCGUUGAAGGUGACUUCAAGGUAAAAGUCAAGGAAACAAUGGAGAAGGCUUUCUGGGAUGUGGUUGCUGAUUCAAUGAGAGGAGACAUGCCAGACUACUGUUAUCUGGUCAGCCUGGUAAAGGAAAUCAGGGAAGCACUGGAAGAGUUAUCUCCUACAGGGUGGAAAGAAGAAAUCAGUGACAAUAUUAACCUUGAAAUAUUGACCCAGUUACUUGAAUCAGGUUCCCAGGACAGACAAUACCUUGGACAAAUUUUGCAGUACUCUCUGGAUAAGCUGCGAAAACUGUCUUCUCCUGUGAAGGAACACGAGAUGAAGAAGAGUCAUGAUACAUUGUUGGGAGAAUUGGUCGAAGACUCUAAAUCCAAUUAUAAAGAUCCAAAUUCAUUUGUUCUUUGCGUUAUCAAGGGUUUGCGCUUCACUAUGGAGGAAUUACAGGCUCUAAAAACAGAAGUUACUAGAGCACGCAUCCAACUAUUGGAACCAUUGAUUAAGGGAUCAGGUGGAGUGGAGUACCUGCAGAAGUCUUUUGCUGGUCGCUGUGGUUCCCCUUCUGAUGCGUUAGCUUCUCUCCCUUCAACUGCCCGGUGGAUUUUCUCUUUGAAAGAUGUCGUGGAAGAACAAUGGAAUGAACAUGUCAGCUCGUUAUCAAUUCUGCCAGAAGCAGACCAUGUUCAGACACUUGUUGCCACCCUCCGAACUGGCCAUGCAGUUGCAGGUGUACAAUCUGUGAUACCUGCAGCAGACAAUACAGGAUUACCAGAGUGUAGGGGAGAAAUACUUGGCAAGCUAAUAAGGAUUGGGCUAUUACAGCUCAUCAGCAGCAUGGAGGGUGUAGAAAGGGAAUCGGUUCCUGAGACCUUUAUGUUGAAUUGGUUGAGGCUGCGGUCUGUUCAGAGUAAGUUUCAACAAGUGAUUGUGAUAGCGACAAGCAUGCUUGUUUUGCAUCAGGUGUUAGCGAGUGAGAACCCAAAGAUCACUUCUUCUGAGCUGGAGAAUGCCACUUCGGAACUGUUCAACGUCCUCACAAGGCUGCUAGACAACUUUCCAGAUGUUGGCACUGAGAAAAUCAUUGAGGCCAUGAUGUACUCGUCAACCUCAAGGAGCUUGUCAGAUCAUGAAAGGAUGAACGCCAGAAAAGAGAUAUUGACUAGGGUCUUCCUUAGAAGCCUCCAGACCGAUGACACCGUCUUCAAGAAGGUCUCUCAGUCCGUAUACUGUGCAUUCCGUGCAGUCACCCUGGGCGGCAGUGGGGAGAAGGGCCGGAUGCUCGCCGAUGCAUCCCUGAGGCGCGUCGGGGCAACAAAACUCACUGCGCGGCUGGUGAAGGCAGCUGAAGUGCUUAUCAAAGCAGCAAUGGUGUCAGAGCAGGUCCAUGGCCCAUGGUACACGCAGUUAUUGUGAAUGGCUCUGCUACCGCGAUAUAUAUAUAUAUAUAGCUCUGCUCAUGCCCCGUUGUUACAACUGAAUGAAUGGUUUGUGGGAGUGCCGUGAUGUCUGAAUUCCAAUAAGCAUAGGCGACCUGAAUGCAUGUAUAUGUAAAUAUACACGAAACGUAAUACGACUCCGAAAUGCUCCUUUCUCCCUUUCUCUCUCAUGCAUACAAUGAAUGUAUUAUACA